ACUACUUCGUUCAACCACGGUCUAUAAACCUCCAGGAGCACGGAACUCCUCCGCCUCUCGAUAACUCCUCGAAUCCUUCUCCCUCACUCCUCCGAAUCGCCAUCAUCAAGCAGCCUCUUUGAGCGCGGCCUUUUCAGUUCCCCGAGCCCGAAAAGACGAACUUAGCUAGCCCAAGAGCUGGCGCCAAAUUACAACAAUGGACUUCCUUAAAUCUGCCGUCGCGUCUGCGAUGGCCAAAGGCAGCUCGUUCCCAUAUUCGCUAGGAGACCGAGUAGACAUUUCCGAGUCGAUCUGGACACUUCAUAACGCAACGAAGCGAGAAGACGGUUCAGCAUGCAGUGUAUUCACCUUCGAAAUCGCCCCGAACAAGUCACGGCUGCCGCUUGCGAAGAACGCCGUGCGGAAAUCACGAACACUACGGCAUCCGGGGGUGAUAAAGGUAUUGGAUACUAUUGAGACCGAGACUUCGAUUUAUAUCGUGACGGAACGGGUCGUCCCUCUAUCCUGGCAUGUGAAGCGGCGGAGCCUGAGCGAGGAGACAUCUAAAUGGGGUCUAUAUACGGUUGCAACUACUUUGAAGUUCAUUAAUGAAGACGCUACAUCAGUCCAUGGUGCCGUGAGAGCAUCAUCAAUAUACACAAGUGAAAGUGGUGAAUGGAAGCUCGGGGGUUUUGAUAUUCUAAGCUCAAUGAACGAUGAUCAAGCGACUUACGGUAGCCUUAUGCCAGACACCGCUCGAUACACUCCCCCGGAGAUUGUAAAGGGAGGAUGGGAUGCAAUCAAACGUCACCCUCUAACAGCCGUGGACUCCUAUGGUCUUGCGAUCCUAGUGUUCGAGGUCUUCAACGGCAAUUUCACCGGGGAGGUCGGCAAGACGAUGAAUAUUCCACCUAGCAUGCAUCAGAGCUAUAAACGCCUGGGCGCGGCUAACCCUAAACUACGACUAAGUCCGGCACACUUUGUCGAGCAAGGGAAGAAAAGUGGUGGCUUUUUUGAGACCCCGCUGAUCCGGUUGACGGAUGAUAUUGACAGUUUAGGUCUAAAGAGUGAUGCUGAGAGGGAAGAUUUUCUUAAUGAGCUGGAAAAUCUUUCGGAAGACUUUCCAGAGGAAUUCUUUAAGAUGAAAGUGCUCCCAGAGCUCUUGAAAUCGGUCGAAUUUGGCGGCGGCGGCCCAAAGGUCUUGUCUGCGAUCCUGAAAAUUGGCGGGAAAUUGUCGCAGGAUGAGUUCAACGCCAAGCUUACACCUGUAAUUGUGCGCUUGUUCGGGAACCCUGACCGGGCUAUCAGGGUCUGUCUUCUGGAUAACCUACCGAUUAUGGCUGAGAACCUUUCUCAGAAAGUUGUAAAUGAUAAGAUCUUCCCUCAAAUGACAUCUGGGUUCACAGACGCGGCGCCAGUCGUUCGAGAACAGACAGUAAAGGCUGUUCUGCCUAUUAUCACCAAACUGAGUGACCGCACGAUUAACGGGGAACUUCUUAAAUUCCUGGCACGGACUGCGAACGAUGAACAGCCGGGCAUCCGGACGAAUACGACGAUUUGUCUGGGGAAAAUUGCGAAAAACUUGGGACAAAGCUCAAGAGCCAAAGUUCUCGUCGCAGCUUUCACACGCGCCCUUCGAGACCCAUUCGUCCACGCCCGAAACGCUGGCCUGUUGGCACUAUCUGCAACGUUGGACAUCUUCUCUGAGGAUGAUUGCGCGACCAAAGUUUUACCUGCCAUAUGCCCUGCCCUCCUUGACCGGGAAAAGUUGGUACGGGACCAAGCCAACAAAACGCUAGACUUGUACCUACAGCGUGUUCGAAAAUUUGGCCAUACCAUGGCCGAUACAGCUCUCCCAGCAACAAAUUCAGACGCGCCCAAAGACGCUGCUCGCAUAGGAACGUCCAAUGACAAAUCCUGGGCGGGAUGGGCUAUUUCUUCGUUCACUAAUAAAAUAGCAGCCGCUGAUGGCGCCAUUCAGUCUACUUCCACGCCUAAACCAGCUGAGGAACAACGCUCUGCGUCUGUGCCGCGCGUGACAACAUCAACCACACCGGCAACGUUGAAUGAAGCAAAAGAUAUACGACCUGCAAUCCAGCCACUGAAUCGUUCAAUGUCUGCACAGCCCACAUCAGUCCGCGAGGAAGCACCCCAACCGGCAGAUGACGUUUACGAUGCAUGGGGAGCUAUGGAUGAUGAGGACGAGGACGGGUGGGGGAACGACGAGGACCCAUUUAGUACCCCGCCAACCACUACUCCUUCUACUGCCAAACCUAAAGUUAGCACUGUCCCAUAUGAUGAUGGCGGUGAACCUGAUUUCGCGGGAUGGCUCGCUGCACAAUCAAAAGCAAAGAAACCCUUACCAAAAGGGUUGGGCAACUCUAAAACUACGUCAUUCACACGGACUGCUAGUCCAAGUUCUACAGUGAAACCUGCUGCUAAGGUUGCGACGCCUGCAAAGAAGAUUGAUACGAAGCCGAAGGAUGUGGAUGAAGACGAUGGUUGGGGGGAUGCAUGGGACUAAUGGCAUACCUUUUGUCAUCCAUUUUGAGGUUAAUCUCUGCCAGGGUCCGGAAUGGAGUUUGGUGCUUGAGUAGACAGUGCUUUGGGCUUGUUGAUAAGAUACCAUGCGCAUAGUAACAUAUAUUUGCAAU